AUGGAUGGAAAUGAAGCAGCUUUGCAUACAGCUAUUAAUGCAAUUGAAGCUUUAGGAAGAGGUUUUGAUUUGAACUUUGAUACGAGGUUGUUGUAUUGCAAAGGAACUGCUGGGUCUAGGAUUCUCCAAAUUGAUGAAGAAACCACUUGGGAUUUAAGGUUGUCUAAUCAUAUGAUUAUCCCUAAUGUUCCUAGGUCUAUCAAAACUGAACACUUCCACGAAGGUCGGGAGAGUUUUAGUGUUUGCUCUUAUGAUGAGAUGGUGAAGCACUUUAAUAAAAAAGCUGAGCUAAUGGCUGACAUUCCUCUUGGAAGUUUCAAUUCUGCAUUUAAUUUUACUGGUUCGAAGCACAUUGAUGCAACAUCCACUAAAUCCUUAUCAGUGGAAGGGUUUGUCAUCCCACUUGCCAAAUUUCAGCUUGCUAAGUCUUCAUGGGUUCUACAGGAGAAUGUCAUCAGGGCUAUCCCUACUUCAUGGGAUCCGCCUUCAUUAGCUAGUUUUAUUGAAAACUUUGGGACACAUGUUAUUACAUCCAUUACCAUCGGUGGUAAAGAUGUAGUAUAUGUUAAACAGCAUCAAUCAUCACCUUUAUCUGCCAUGGAAAUGAAGAACUAUGUUCAAGAGAUUGGAAACCAGAGGUUUAUGCAAACCGACCCUCGUACAAGUUCAGGUCCAAUUAGAGUAAAGGAUAAGGUUGGAGAUUCAAGCUUGUUCAACAGCCAAGGAAUAUAUCCGCAACCGGCAAAUGUUCCAUCUCUUAAUGGAAAAGAAGAUAUCACUGUCAUUUUUAGGCGGAGGGGAGGUGAUGAUCUGGAGCAAAGUCACAAACAAUGGCUUAUGACUGUGCAUUCUUCUCCAGAUAUCAUUGAGAUGGCCUUUGUCCCGAUAACUGAUCUGAUUAAAGAUUUAGCAAGAAAAGAACACCUCAGCCGAGCAAUUAAUCUCUAUCUGGAAUACAAACCUCCGAUUGAGGAGUUAAGAUAUUUCUUGGAGUUUCAAAUACCCCGGGUAUGGGCCCCUAUGCACGAUAGACAUCCCGGUCAUCAACGAAAGGAACCUGUGUGUCCAUCUUUGCAGUUUAGUUUAAUGGGGCAGAAGCUUUAUGUUAGCCAAGAGCAGGUUCCUGUAGGGCGUAAACCUGUAACUGGACUAAGAUUAUUUUUAGAUGGAGCCAAGCAGAACCGAUUAUGUAUUCAUCUUCAGCACCUGGCAUCUCUCCCAAAAAUCAUGGUUCCAUAUUGGGACUCUCAUGUAGCAAUUGGUGCACCCAAAUGGCGUGGACCUGAGGAACAAGAUAGUCGGUGGUUUGAACCUGUGAAAUGGAAGAACUUUUCUCAUGUGAGUACUGCUCCCAUCGAGAGCCCUGAGACUUUUGCUGGAGAGCUUUCUGGAGUCCACAUUGUCACAGGAGCUCAGCUCGGAGUGUGGGAUUUUGGAUCAAGAAAUGUCUUGUACAUGAAACUCCUUUACUCUAGGCUUCCAGAAUGCACCAUAAGGAGGUCAUUGUGGGAUCAUUCUCCAGCAGAAAAACCCAAGAAAUCGGGUGGUUCAGAAAGCACUUCUGGUGUGUCAAGUUCAGGCUCAUCGGAAAGUGUCAACGGCAACAAGUUGGUCAAAUUCGUUGACAUGUCAGAAAUGAUGAAGGGCCCAGAAGAUCUCCCUGGUCAUUGGUUGGUAACGGGUGGAAAACUGGGUAUUGAGAAAGGGAAGAUUGUUUUGAGAGUGAAGUAUUCAUUGUUAAAUUAUUAAGGAUUUUAGUUUCAUGUUUUUGUGCAGUUGUUGCGUCUAGUUUGAUGUUUAAUGCAAGUGAAUUGGUUUAAGUAGCUGUGUAAUUUGUUGUCUGGCUAUCAGGGGAUUGAUAAAUGUGCAUUUUUUCCAAUUUUGGUGUUAGUUAUCUAUUCAGCUACCAUUGUAAAGUUUGUAGAUAAUGCUAAUUUUGCUUGUAUAAGUUACCUUGAAAAUGAUGUUCGAGUUUCCUAAAA